CCCACCCCGCGCGUCUCCGCCGCCCGCUCGGCCUGCGGGAGCUGGGAGGCUGCCGUCCAGCGGGAGACGCCAUGUACCGGCUACGGUCAGCCCUGACGGCCCGGGCCGCGACCUCCGGCGGUUGGGCCUGGGGCUGCGGGAGGCGCAGGGCCCACCGGCGCGCAGGGCGGCCGCCGCUCGGCGCCGGCUGGGUCGGGGGCCUCGGGCUGGGGCUGGGGCUGGCGCUCGGGGCGAAGCUGGCGGGUGGGCUGAGGGGCGCGGCCCCCGCGCCGUCCCCAGCGGCCCCCGACCCCGAGGCGCCGCCUCCGGCCGAGCCUCUGCCGCCGCAGGAGCAGCCCCUCGCUCCUUGGCCUCCACAGACCCCGACGCCGCCCCGCUCCAGGCGCUUCUCCAGAGCCGUCGACAGCAGCCGCGACCUGCUGCACAGGAUCAAGGACGAAGUGGGUGCACCGGGCAUAGUGGUUGGAGUCUCCGUAGAUGGAAAAGAAGUCUGGUCAGAAGGUUUAGGUUAUGCUGAUGUUGAGAACCGUGUGCCGUGCAAGCCAGAGACAGUUAUGAGAAUUGCCAGUAUCAGCAAAAGCCUCACAAUGGUUGCUCUGGCCAAAUUAUGGGAAGCAGGGAAACUGGAUCUUGAUAUUCCAGUACAACAUUAUGUUCCUGAAUUCCCAGAAAAAGAAUAUGAAGGUGAAAAGGUUUCUGUCACAACAAGAUUACUGAUUUCCCAUUUAAGCGGAAUUCGUCAUUACGAAAAGGACAUGAAAAAGGUGAAAGAAGAGAAAGCUUACAAAGCCUUGAAGAUGUUGAAAGGGACACUGGAAUCUGACCAAGAAAAAGGAGGCAGAAAUAUUGAAAAGAGUGACUUUGCUAAAGCUAAGACAGAGCAAGAUAAUGAUGCCAAAAGCAGGAAUUCAAAACCUGGCAAGAAAAAGAAUGAUUUUGAACAAGGCGAAUUAUAUUUGAAAGAAAAGUUUGAAAAUUCAAUUGAUUCCCUAAGAUUAUUUAAAAAUGACCCUUUGUUCUUUAAACCUGGUAGUCAGUUUUUGUAUUCAACUUUUGGCUAUACCCUACUGGCAGCCAUAGUAGAAAGAGCUUCAGGAUAUAAAUAUUUGGACUAUAUGCAGAAAAUUUUCCAUGACUUGGAUAUGCUGACAACUGUGCAGGAGGAAAAUGAGCCAGUGAUUUACAAUAGAGCAAGAUUUUAUGUUUAUAAUAAAAAGAGACGUCUUGUCAACACGCCUUACGUGGAUAAUUCCUAUAAAUGGGCUGGUGGUGGAUUUCUGUCUACAGUGGGUGACCUUCUGAAAUUUGGGAAUGCAAUGCUGUAUGGUUACCAGGUCGGGCUGUGUAAGAACUCAAGUGAAAAUCUUUUACCUGGAUAUCUCAAACCAGAAACAAUGGCUAUGAUGUGGACACCGGUCCCGAACACAGAGAUGUCUUGGGAUAAAGAGGGUAAAUAUGCGAUGGCAUGGGGUGUUGUGGAAAAGAAGCAAAUACACGGUUCCUGUAGGAAACAACGGCAUUAUGCCUCACAUACUGGAGGCGCAGUGGGUGCCAGUAGUGUCCUGCUGGUCCUUCCUGAAGAACUGGACGCAGAAGCUAUAAAGAACAAGAUUCCCCCAAGAGGAAUAGUUGUUUCUAUCAUGUGUAACAUGCAAUCGGUUGGCCUCAAUAGCACUGCUUUAAAGAUUGCUCUGGAAUUUGAUAAAGACAGAUCGGACAUACCUUAACAUCACAGGUACAAAAUGAGCUGUUUUUGUUUUUGUUUUCUAAUACUAACUAAAGUCCCCAAAAUACAAGAGAUUUUUAAGAAUAAAUUUGUAAUAGAGUGUAAUUGAAUGCAGAGAAUUAUAUACCUCUAACUGCUUAAUUUUGUAACUGUCCUUUACUGUAGGAUUAGUUCUUUAUACUCAGGGAAGUUACUAUAUUGUUUUUACUUUUUUGAAAAAAGUGUUAACUCUUGAAAUAAAAAUAUUCUGAUAAAAA